CCCUCCCUCCCUCCCCCUUUCAGAGCACUCAAUGUCGGAACGUUCCGAAGAUGACGUCGGAGCGUUCUCGAAUCCCGUGUCUCUCGGCUGCUGCUGCCGAAGGAACAGGGAAAAAGCAACAAGAAGGAAGAGCAAUGGCGACACUGGAUCGCAAAGUGCCCAGUCCGGAGGCGUUUCUGGGCAAACCCUGGUCCUCCUGGAUCGACGCCGCCAAAUUACACUGCUCCGACAAUGUAGAUUUAGAAGAGGCUGGAAAAGAGGGUGGAAAAAGCAGGGAGGUUAUGAGGCUUAAUAAAGAAGAUAUGCACUUAUUUGGCCACUAUCCCGCACAUGACGACUUCUAUCUCGUAGUGUGCAGUGCCUGCAAUCAGGCCGUCAAGCCACAGGUUUUCCAGGCGCACUGCGGGAGAAAGCAAGACAACAAGACAAAUGGUGCCAUCUCCAGGAAUGGACCGAAGAACAGCCAAGCCAUAGAGGAGAAUCAGGUGUGAGAAUGGACAGUGCAGAAGGUAGACAGAGCUUCUGAAAGAUCUUGGAGGACUGGCAUUGUCUGGAGAAGGCUUCCUGGAAGAAGAGACUCCAGCGGAGCCCCGCAGUGUGGACAAGCUUCCAUGUGCUGCAAACUCGUGAGCACACUCUGAUGACAGGGUUUAGGGAGAAAAUGGGCUUGAGCAGAGCAGGGGGCCUCUGUGGGAUUCCUCUCUUCAUUUCCACCACUACCACACUGGUCCAGGCUGUCAUCACUUCUCACCUGGACAAGUGCAAAAGCCUUCCAGCUGUUUUCCGUGCUUCCACUCUUGCUCCUCUACAACCCAUUCUGCUCACCAAAGUCAGAAUCGAAGAUCAAAGUUAAUCAUAUCAUUCUCUUGGCUUCCCAUUGCUUUUAAGCUAAAAGUAAAUCAUUGUCAUGGCUAUAAAGUCUUGCAUGGUCUGAACCACAUCCUGUUCCAGGCCCCCUUUCACUUUCUAAUAUGCCAAUCAAGCCGACCUUCAGUGUUUCAGCAUAUUGGGUCUUCCCCGCCACAGGGCCCUUGCACAUGCUUUUCCUUCUCUGUAUAUGGUUGUUUUUCUUCCUCUUCUCUUCCCGAAGCUAACUCUUUACUCAUCCUUCAGAAUGCAUCUUAAUGAUUACUUCCUCCUGGAAGACUUCUCUGAUUUCCAUAACUGAGUAAGCACUCUCUUAUACCUCAAAAACAAAUGUUUAUUGUGUGAACAUAUGAUUAAUGCUUAUCUCCCCCACUAGACCACAAACUGCAGGAGGGCAGGGACCCAGUCUUUGAUCUCUCAGAGCCUAGCACUGUCUCAUAAAUAUAUAUCGACUGGAUCAUGACAUUUAAUUCAGAACAGGGAGACUAGUAGAGAAAUUAUGGCCGACCAGUAUGUAGGAGAGCGCCAUUGUGAAUUCUUACUGGGAUGAAAAGCUGACUGCAUGUUCAGACUCUGCCACCUGCUGGUUGUGCUGUUGUAAAUAAAUCACGGGUCCUCUCAGGACCUGUUUCCUCAUCUGUAACGUGGGGGUACCAACAGCCAUUUCACAUGGUUGUAGUGAGAUAUUCAUGAAAUAAUAUACAUAAACAUUUUUUAACUAUAAAACCAGACAUAAAUAUACUUUGUCAUUUUUUUCCAGUGCUUGUCAUUAACUGUCGGAUGGAUGCAUGGAUGGAUGGAUGGAUGGAUGGACGGACGGACAGAUUAACAGUUAGGGAGCCAGUGUGAGAGCCAGGAAUAGUGUGAUGGAAGCCGAAAGAGGAGGGAAUUUCAAGAAGUAAGAGGAGGCGUGGUGAAUGACAACAUCACCUACGGUAGAGCAAGCAAGGAAGUCACUGGUGACCUCAGGACAAGUCCUCCUCAGCCUUUUCACUUUGUCUGUGCUUUCAAUGACAAACCUUAAUUGUAACUUAAUCGCUUUACUGAUUUUUAUCUUUUUGGGGGGAAAUCGAAUUGAUAUGCACACACAGCAAAAUUGGUGAGAUUACUCCAGCUGGCCACCAGCAGGUGCUGACAAGUGAAGAAGUGAGCGUCAGAAGAUAAGAAAAUACACUACACAUUUAUUUUAAUAAGGCCUAGUAUACCUUAGUUAUUUAUUAAAUUGCCAUGGAUAAGUAGGUUUCAGUUUCCAGGGUCGUUUCAUUUUUAACUGCCUGUGUUCCAGUAGGAGGAACAGGGCUGGAUGUCUAGGCAGGUAGCCAUGGUGUGAGAUCCAUCUGAGGGCAAUUUCACUGCUAUGAGCUUUUUCUGGGUCUCUGUUUACAUCCCACUUUCUAUCACAACCAUCCACGCAGGGUAAGUCACUCUAACACACACAACCCUAGCUAAGUACAUGGUCCUUUAGAGUGGUUACUCCUCCAACAUGGCGGCUUAGGCCUCACUGAGCCAGGCCCUGAUCCAGCCACUCUGUGUGCCAGCCCUGGGAACGAGUGGCCCAGGCUGCACCUGAGCCCCACGCUUAUCAUCUCAGGACUAACUCCCAUUGAGUAGAAAAAACAUGAUAAGUAAAUGAACCCCCAGUGGCCAAUUUCAACAUUCAUCUUCACUCCCCAUGCUCCAAACCUGGCUGACAAAACUAGAUACUCAAUAGGAAAAAGUUAAAAACAAACUAGAAGAAAAGACCACCAGUUAUUUUGUUUCCAUGUAGUAGUUGGUGGUGUAGAACAUGGGUCUAUGAAGUAAAGAGGCGGUAUUCAAGAAGACUUUAAAAUGGCUCAGGGAGGGUUCGAAGACCCCUGCUCUUGAGCAUGAUGGCAAAAGAGCAUGUUGCUGAUCUAAAGACAGAUCCAUGCAUGUCUUUACCUCUUCCCCACAUCUCCCAGAUCUAGAACUUUCUCUGAUAGUCAUAGGUUCAAAUGUUUAGUCAGUAAAGUGGUUUCCUGUAAAAUGAUUCACACAGUUCGCCAAAAAGGAAUGCCCAGGCCCUGGUCCCUAGAAGUCCCGUUACAUUCCAGCCUGGGAAGUGUGGGAGGCCUCGUACCUGUCUUCAGUGGUGGACCCUCAUGGGGAAGCUGGGUGGUCAGUGGCGGGGGGACCUGGCUACAGGCAGGGCUGGACCCUCUCCCAUGGCUGCCUGGCAGAGGCAGCAGGGCUGAAACCUGUAACCACUGAUCUGUCCUCCCUCUGGUCCCCCAAAGGCGCAAACCCCAAAGCUCUUGAGUCUUUCUGACGUCCAGAAACACGAGGACACAGUCUCCUGCUUCAGAUGGAAGAACGUGAUGGUUCAGAGCUAGGUUCACAGUUCAGCUCUGCCUUGCCUAGUUCCUGCCUUCUGCUGGCUGAAAUCUCCUGUGUAGAAAAUCGGUAUGAUCAUGCUUUCUCGGGGAGGCGGUGUGAAGAUUAAAUGCCAUAAUGCACAGAACAUGCUUAGCCUGAACCCGGCCCAGCAUGAAAAGUGAGCUAACAGAGGCAUGGAAGCCAUGGUAGAUUUAACCCCCUUUCCAAGUUCUGGUCUGCCUUGGGACGUCCCCGCUGGGCCCCAGCUCAGCCUGCCCUUCUGGAAGGUCAUACACUGGGUGGCUCUUAGAGGCUGAAGUUGGCAAUCUUGAGAAGAUAGGAGUCCAUGAUGGGGUUUGGGGUGGAGGACAGGGACAAAAAAGGGUUCAAGAAAGGACUCUGUGGAAUUCCUAGUGAGCCAGAGAUGGGCCCGGGGGAACAGUGGGAGCAUUUGGGAAGAUAAGCAGUUAGACUCGGAGCCCCAGCAUGACAGAGUCACAGAGCCCAGGCAGGAAGGAGUUCCAGGGAGUAUCAGAUCUUUCAGAAAGGUAGCCUAGGACAGGCACUAAGAAUCAGAAAAAAGCUUCUGAAUCAGAUUUGCCUUUUCCGUGAAAGUGAAUUCAAAAUAAUUGGGUUUUAGAGUUUUAAACAUACACAUUGUCAUCACUGGAAAUACCCUAGAGUGUUGUAAAAACUUAGCAAAUUGCAACUCACUUACCGUCUACACUCUAAGAGCAGGAACCCAAUCCAAGCAAGCCGUUUUGAAAAACUCCUGAACCCAGGAAAGACCUGGGUCUGCCUGUCCACUGUGCAUUAAGUUCUCCCGAUUAUGUUUCCCUCCCUGCUCCUCUCCGUCCCACAUUGUCCCCGCUGUUGACAGGGAGGAGGACACACAAUCCUGAUCUCCUUUACAAAUAAAAGCCCCCUGGAGAACCAAGGAAAGAAGUAUGAACAGAGAACCAGAAUGUGAUCAGUUCGGGCCUCUCUCUGAUUUCUUUUAUUCCCCCUGACGUCUUUCAGGGCCCUUCCGUGGCUUUAUAUAAUACUGCUGUAAUAAAGGUCUGAAAGCGGUAUCAGGAACCUAUUGCGUUUGAAGAGUGCCUUGGGUUUUGAAUUUUUUGCCGUACCCAUCAGUUUUGGAGUUUUUUCUUUCUGUGCAAAUCAAAACAGACCCUACACAUGUUUAAUUUUUUUUUCUUUUUAAAGAUCUUAUUUAUUUGUCAGAGAGCGUGCGCGUGCGCAGGAGCAGGGGGGAGGGGCAGAAGGAGAGGGAGAAGCAGACUCCCCACUGAGCAGGGAGCCUGACUCGGGGUUCGAUCCCAGGACCCAGGAUCAUGACCUGAGCUGAAGGCAGACGCUUAACCAACUGAGCCACCCAGGCGUCCCUCACACGUGUUUAAUUUUAAGUGUUAUAAAACCUCUUGUCUCCUAGUACAAGAGUGUUCAUUUCUUUUGUCCAUUUUGGGGUGUCAGAGCCCUGGAGCAUGUAAUUUAGGGUCCUGGACUUAUUAGGGGGGUCUCGAGGUUACCAUUAAGUGGAUGCACUCUCGAUUAAGUCAAUGUUUGACAAGCCUUGUGAAAUGCUAAUAAUUGUGUUUGUGGGACCAUCUUCUGAGAUAAGAGAAAGGAAAACUUUUCAAGUGUAACUUUUCUUGCUUCAAACCGUAAGUAAAUGGCGAGAUCUCAUCUUCCCUUCAUCUGUCAUUUAUAUUUAUUACAUUUGGUGAGUCUGGUUAGUGGUGGAGAUUCCUUUGGCUUUUGCUACAUCCAGGCUCCUAUUAUGCAAUCAUCUUUGAUAAAACUUAACAGUAUACAACCCUGUGCCCUGGGGCAUAGCGCAAUGUCAAACCCCAUUCCAAACUAUAUUGAAAGGCAUUAAAGAGAAGCAUUUACCAGUCACUUCCAAUUGUUUUAAAAAAAUGUCUUAAAUCACUAGUUACACAGAGAGCUCCCCCAGAUCCCAUUCUCCUCCUGUCUCAUUACCUCUAUUGUGAGAAAGUGAUUAUGGUGGGGUGUGCCCUCCUUGAGAACAUGCCUUGCAUACAGGGUUUUUCUCAGGCAGGUGAUUAUUUGCAUUAAGAAUGAGUGCACUUGGACGUGUUGGCAUGCACCAAGGCAAAAUCCAGUGGAAAAACGCAGGUUUGGUGUCCUGAGCCCUCAACAGAUAACAGAUAAGGCAUAGAUGGAGGUAGAACUGGUGGUCACUUAAAAGAAAUGUAAAGGACAUCUAAAAAUAUGGAUAGGACUGGGACGCCUGGGUGGCUCAGUCGGUUAAGCGUCUGCCUUCAGCUCAAGUCAUGAUCCCAGGGUCCUGGGAUCGAGCCCCACGUCGGGCUCCCUGCCCCGCGGGGAGCCUGCUUCUCCCUCUCCCUCUGCCUGCUGCCCCCCCCCCCCGCUUGUGCUCUCUCUCUCUCUCUCAUAAAUAAAUAAAUAAAAUCUUCAAAAAAAUAAAAUAAUAAAAUAAAAUAUAAUAAAAUAUGGGCGGGACUGGCCUACAGCGUCUCAGGACACACAGUUGGGUGAUGACACCAUAAACAAACACAGGGCGGCACAGUCCUCUCCCCUCACCUGGCUGGUGCUUACCGGGGCGUUUGCCUUCUCAUCUUUCCCAGUGCAAUCCAUUUGCUUUGUGUGGUUUUGAAUGUCUAUGCUUUAUUUUACAAUAGAAACUUCUAUUUUAAUGAGUCCACUUGGGGUUCAUAUUACCUACAGUCUUUCCAGAAUUUGUCUUGGGGGCGUUCAUCUUAAAAUAUGUCUUCGUUUUCUUACUGAGAGGAAAGUUACAAAUCCAGCUGGAAAUUCAUCAGUGGGGUUAUCUGGCAGCUUGGUCAGAACUGCGAGCCUGGUGGUGGAGCUUUUUCUGGUUACCGAAAAUCUUUUGGUCUUUUUUUCCCACCCACCACCACCCCCUUUUUUUUUUGAUGUAGCUAAUUAUCCAGUCAGUUGCUUUUGGUAAUGGCAUAAGCACCUGCAAACCCACCUUCCCUAAACAAAAGCUGGGACCCUGACAACAGCAUCUGCUCCUGAUCCUUGGAAAUCUUUAAAGGCCACAAGGUUUGCUUAGGGGAACUUACCCCUGCUGUGAGCCCCACUUUCUCCACCUCACUGUCCCUGGAAGUGCCAGUCUGAAGCAGCCACCCCUGUGGUGUGAUUUUAGGAUGACCUCUGACAUCUCUCUGUCUGGCAGGGGCAUCAUUCCUGCACCUCGAGGCUUUCGCCCCUGUUAAGUGUAGUUCCACGAGAGCAUUGACCACCUUAGCAUGAGUAAGUUAGGUGAGAGCUGGCUUCGAUAAGGGGUAAAGUCAUAAAGAGUAGGACUCUUGAAGCCUGAGGUCAGGACGCAGUAAGGGAAGACCCAGCGGGGGGUUGGUGGGAGUCUACCUUUUCUUCCUUUUCUUCUUUUUAUUACACGUGCCCUCAACACGUUGAUAUUUUCCAGCUAACUCUAGGAUCCCACUAAAACACAUUUCCCUCUGUCCCUGGGGCUACAUGAAAUUAGUUGUCCAACUUUCUCAGUGCAUAAGCCUGAGUCCAAACCUGUUUGGGAAGGAAAGGCAGGAACCUCAUCUGUUUUUGCUCACCAUUGAGUUCUCAACCCCUGGCAUGGUGUUUGGCAUACCGUGGGUAUUCAGGAAACACUGGAUGAAGAUGAAUGAAUAAACAGGGGACCAGGCCAAAACCAGCUUGUAGCGAGGAAGCGUGCACAGGGAUCUCCUGAGAGGGGCAGGGAGAAAGAGACUGCUCUCACUCCGUAGGCUCUCGGGCACACCCCCCCCUUGCCUCCACCCCUGGGCAUCUCUCAGAAGCAGCCUAGGUCCGCCACUCUGUGCCGCCCUGUCCUCAACAAGGGAAUCAGCCAGCACCUUGUUCUUGAGAGAAGUACCAGCUCUUCACACAGUUUCUCCCACUUGGACAACACUUCUGGGGUCAUAGAGGUAUUUCCCCACACGCUGUCUCAUGGGCACUGCACAAUAACCUCAUAAGUAGGUACUUCCCACUUUAUAGAGGAGGAAACUGAGGCCGAGGAGAAUUCAAGUCACUUUUGAGGAGCAGAGCUAUAACUAGAACCUGGAACUUGGGAUCCCUGCGUCCGGGAUCCUUCCUGCUGCACUGUCCUAGGCACCGAGAUCCCAGUAAAGGGGGAUCAAGCAUCAGCCUUGCCCUCAAGAAGCUUCAAAUCCAUUUGGGGCACAGAAAGCGACCUUAAAGAGUAAACAUAGGCCACUGAACAUCCUGGAGCAUGGCCCGAUCCUUCCCCAGGGUAGCUUCACAGAGAUGGCAUGAAAGAUUCCUGCCGUUGCUUCUCAGAAAGUUUCUCUCUCUAAACUUAUGUACAGAGUAUGGAAUGGGGUGGCCCAGUAGGCUCCACUGUCUGCUGUAAUGGGGAGGACUGGGAGAGUAUAAAUAAUAGAAGCCAAAAGGAAAUCCCAAAGACCUUAUUUUGAUCAAUGGUGUCAAUCUCACGCUUCAGACCUCAUUAGAAAUGACCACAUUGUGGAUAGGAAAAAGAAAGCAAAGGGUCGAAUCUGUAAUUGAGAUAACCGUUCCCUAUAACAGAGUUACUCCCCAGCAUGCAGAAACGCCCCUGCUUUUUGGACCUCCCGCCACCUCAAGCUCUUUCUUUCGCAUCCCUCUUUCCGAUGCUCUGUAUGACCCCUGCAGGCAGUGGGGCUGAUCCUGAACCUUGGAAACAUUGCCCAAGGAAGGCCGCCUCCGUGCUGGAACUUGAACCUGAGCUCUUUCUGGCCCCCACCUCUUUUCUGGCUUUUUUCCUCUGGUGGCUCAUGUCCUCGUCUUUCAGCCGUCCUUGAGAAUGACCCAACAGUGGCGGCCCCGCCACACCUUGGUGAAGUGCUCACUGACCACUUGGCUGCGUUAUAAUCAUUUAAUUCAUCUAUGCCUGGGAGGAAGAGGUGCUUUAUUUAGAAGCUUAGUAGUGAAAACUUCCAAGUAGUUCACCAUGAGCUUGCCAGCAUUGGGAUGAUCCCAGGGUCUGCCCACUGUGCUCCCAAUCCACUGAGCAACAGGGGGACAGAUAACCAGCAGGCUUGGUCCGCGGUGCAGCCAGCGUGCUGAGGACCACGGGAGGGUUGUGUCUGGGUUCUUGAAGAGAGGACAGACCAAUGCAGGAAGGCAGGAUAAUGAGAAAACCCUCGAAAAAAUAAGCAGAUUUUUUUUAUGCUCCUCCUCCCAGGCUGGGGCUAGUCUGAGGCUGCCAGGCAGUGGUUCGUAGCCAGGACUGUAGGGUCAUUAGGGUGACCUGGGAAGCUUUCUCAUAUCCUGGUGCUAGUCCUGGCUUCUGUGUGUUUAAAACCACACAUGAGGGGUGCCUGGGUGGCUCAUUCAUUAAGCGUCUGCCUUCGGCUCAGGUCAUGGUCCCAGGGUCCUGGGAUCGAGCCCCGCAUCGGGCUCCCUGCUCGGCGGGAGGCCUGCUUCUCUCUCUCCCACUCCCUCUGCUUGUGUUCCCUCUCUCACUGUGUCUCUCUCUGUCAAAUAAAUAAAUAAAAUCUUUAAUAAAUAAAUAAAUAAAUAAAACCACACAUGAUUCCAGCAUGCAGCCAAGCUUGAGAACCAGCGAUCGGCCAGGUGGUGCUGGCUUUGUCACUGGUCGGCCUGGCUAGGCUGAACUACGUCUCCCAGAAUUCCCUGGCCUGUGGGUUCGUCAUUGGGUUGGGCCACAGAGGGAUUCUGGGGAGAGCUGGAGGACAGACGGGAAGCAGUACAUGCAUUGUCGGCUACCUGCUGGCUCACCCCAUUGCCGGUAGCAGUGGCCAGGCCUGCAAUCGCUCCAGCUUUCCCUGCAUCCCCCUUCAGCUUCUCUAGGCCAGCUGCGAGUGCUUAGCUCCAUGGCUUCUGGGGGCUAUCCCUACUAUCAAGGUCAAAGGCAGCAAGAGUUUUAAACCAUGCUCAUGGGGUUCCAGAUUGUUCUUGGUCUACCAGGGCCUUUCCUUCCCAACCGCCUGCCCUAUGGACUUCACGCUCCAGCAUCAAAUACAAAACAGCCUUAUAGGGGCUGUUUAACCAGCAAGUCCUAUUGUGAAAGGUCCAAUACCUGUUCUCCGUCCAUACAUACAGAUCCAUCCGUAUCCAUCCUUGUCGUUCUGCUUCCUCAAUGAACCAACCAAUAUAGGUAGUUUUCAGAAUUGUGGAGUAAGGGGUUGUUUUCAUCUACAGAGAGAAGGCCUUUCUUAAACUGGAGGCUCAGUUUAAGAAAGAGAUACAGGUGGCUCUGACUGAAGGGGAAGGCGGGUCUGACGGUUCCCUGUCUCGACCGCCAUCCCCCAAGGUGAUACAUGAGGGGCAAUUUGAAAACCCCUGGUAGAUUCAUGCUCUCCGAGUCUGGUGGUGCAUGGGAAAGCAGACUUUUCUGGGGAAAAUCUUAAAGAUGUAAAUCCCAGGCUUUACUUCACAUCUAGGAAUAAGAGUCUCAGAGGAUUGGGUCCAAAGUGAGAAUUUUUCAAAAGCCUCCUUUACCCCAGCCUUUCUGGGUCAUUGGUAACAUUCUGGUUCUUGAUGUUGGUUACGAGGCUGUUUUGUACAUCCAAAGUUAAAAGGUGGCACACUGUGAUUUUUGCUCUUUCCUAUAUGCAUGUUAUACCUCAAUUAAAAAAAAAAAAUGCACGACCCCCCACCGUCCCACUCCCCAUAAUCCCGUAUUCCAGUGACUGGCCAAAGUUGACAACCGCUGGCCUAGAUAAUUCCUUGUACCCUUCCUGGCAGAAUUCAGAGAGGAGGAGCAGAAAGAUGUUUAGCCAUUGGGAAUAGUUAAGGUGCAUCCAUAAUCCUAAUGACACAAUCCCAUGCAGUUAUUCUAACACUCCAGGAGGAGAAUAUGAAAGAGUGAGGCAGCCAGCCAGCUUGAAGCAGUAGGCAUGGGUUGCAAGGAGAAUGAAAGGGGGCAGUUUGGAAGAUCAUCCUGGAGCCAGACCAUGGAAGGCUUUGAAUGGCAAACUGAGAAAAAGGAAAAGCCACUUACAAAGAGUUAAGGCCUUAUUUUGAGGAACAGCAUCAGGUGGCAGGGCAGGGCAGUUGGGGAGGCGUGGGGCUUACAGAUUUGGAAAGUGAUUGAUAAGAGUAACAUUUUAAACAAUGCAGUUGUAAAGAGGUGCCUGGGUUAACAUUUAACUGCUCACAAAACAUUGAUUGAAUGCAAACUGGUGAAUGACAGAACAGAGGACAGGUCCUGGCCUGGAAAUGGGACAUGACCUUCCUUUGGUGUUAAGACAGACUUUGCGGGCGCCUGGGUGGCUCAGUUGGUUAAGCUACUGCCUUUGGCUCAGGUCAUGAUCCUGGAGUCCCUGGAUCGAGUCCUGCAUCGGGCUCCCUGCUCGGUAGGGAGUCUGCUUCUCCCUCUGACCCUCCCCCGUCUCAUGUGCUCUCUCUCAUUCUCUCUCUCUCAAAUAAAUAAAUAAAAUCCUUAAAAAAAAAAAAAAAAAGACAGACUUUGCAACCUGAGCUUCUUCCUGAGGUGCCUGUAGCCUAUACACACAGUUCUGGAAUGUCCUUAAAUAGAAAAGAAAUAAAAGGGGGGUAAAGCCCAGUUCUCCCAUUUGAAGGCCGAGGAGAUUCCUGUGAGGCACGGCUGUUAUAGGUACCUGAAGAUUUUAUAGUCAGAGUGCAGGGAGAAACUUCACAGGCCGUAAGUGUCCAGAACAGGUACAGUCGUGGUUCGCAGCCCGGCGCCUGGACCAGGGAAGCAGCAGGUUUGGGGACGACAUAGAGAAACAGGUUGAAUUACUAUUGUUUCCGGGGCUUUUGAAAUAAAGAACAGGCCCUAUCCCAGAGGGAUUCUGCAGCUCCCCUCAAUUUAAACCCACCAGCCUAAAUGCUGUCUUGCGUCUGCUUUAAUACCCAGGGACAGAGUUUAUACAGCCUCUUUUAAUGGCCCUUUUCUGAGUGUGACAACUCUGCACCUCCCUCCCCACCCCACUCCCAGGCCCCAAAGACACCUCCAAAGACUACAACUCCUGAGCUUUCACAGUAAGGGCAGAAUUAGGCUUAAAUACAUUGGUUAAGAAAAUCAAACCUGGGGCGCCUGGGUGGCUCAGAUGGUUAAGCGUCUACCUUCGGCUCAGGUCAUGAUCCCAGGGUCCUGGGAUCGAGUCCCGCAUCGGGCUCUCUGCUCCUUGGGAGCCUGCUUCUCCCUCUGCCUCUCUCUCUCUCUCUCUCUCUGUCUCUCAUGAAUAAAAAAAAAAAAAAGAAAAUCAAACCUGGCUGGCUCAGUCGGAGGAGUGUGCACCUCUUCAUCUCAGGGUCAUGAGUUUGAGCCCCAUAUCAGGUGUAGAGAUCACAUAAGUAAAUAAAACUUAAGAAGAAAAAAAAAAGAAAAUCAAACCAUAGGCAUCAUCCAGCUUCUUUUGAGAGAUAGACUUUCUUUCUCAUUCCUGUCUGACUUAGAGUAUUUUCACUUGGUCCUUUCGUACUCCCCCAAGCUGUACCUACACCCUAAACUCGAUUUUGAGGACUAUCUACCGAGAAUUCUUUGACCCCCCAGGGAAUUCCUUCUGGAGCCCCACACACUCCCAAACAUCUCUCCACCAGUUCACUGAUAUGUGCAGAGGGAAUGCAAACCAAUCUUAACAGUAGCUUCAGUCUGAAAUAGCUAGCAAGACAACUGUAGUAAUGAAAACAGUAACAUGGGGACAUUCCAGAGGGAGAAGCCAGUUCCGUGCAUUCCUGCCAUUUCCUUGCUUCUCCUCCUGCAGAUAAUUGGAGAAUCGAUGUCCACAAUUUCUCUCUCCCGCUGCCCUCUCCCCUCCCCAACUCAGGGCCUUUCAUGGUUUUUUCUUGCCAGCAUCUUUCAGGAAAGGGAAGUUUACUUUAAUAGUCUGCGCCGCUGGCUCAUGAAACCACCUGACCUCCUCCUUGCUCUCUGGGGUGGGCCCAGCCCCGAGGACACAGAGGGAGCCCUGUCCACGCCUGGCUCCCGGUUGUUUUGCUCAGAUCAUGUGUAGCAGCUCUCCAGAGCACUUUACUUGGCUAAUAAAACUUGGCAGAGGCACAGGGUACAAAAGUCCCGAGCCCCAGGCUCGACAAGGAAGCCUCUGGAAGCAUGAGGGUGAGCCUUAGCUUUCUGAUUCAGUCAUGCUUAGGCUCAGGUAGCCAGGAGGAUGCCCUGCUGGGUCGCUGUCAGGCAGGAGGGUUCCUGUGACGUCAGUAUCAUGUCUGCAUGGCUCUCAAAGGCAUAGCACCUGUCCAUUUGUGUGGUUCAAUAGGCAACAUCUCCUCAAAACAGGACUAUGGAGUGUUAGAACUAGAAAGAGUCCUCCAAGAUGACAGCUCCAACCUCCGCACCCCCUCGCUACAGUGGAGGGACCCAAGACCCACCGAGGCCAUGCAAGGGAUUUGCCCAGAGUCCCUCAAGUGCGAGAGAGCUGGGCCACUCUCCCAGGUGUUAAGGUCCAGCAUUCCACUGCCGCCCCUUGCCCCUUUCCACAGAUGCAAUGUCUCUUCAUACUUCUUGUGAGGACUGUGGAGGGCCAGGACAUUACCAGGUACAGCAGAGGUUCACAAGGCCCUCAGACCUGGAAAAGUCACGGCCCCUACCCAGGCUGGGCCUUGGGGGUGGGCAUACUUUUUAUUUUUAUUUUUUUAACCACAAGUAAUCCUUAAAGCUAAUUUGUCUUUGUUUCUUCUGUCUCAGUCUUCCUUUCAGUUAUUUUUUAUUUAGGUCUCCAGGGGACUGUGUAUGUGUGGGAGGUUUCUGAGAACUCUGACUGUAGGCACGAGAUAUCAUGUCUCUUAGCCUCGACUAUGAUAAACUUCACCAAACGGUUUUACAGUAAAAAAAAGUGAUGUACUGCACAUACAGAAUCUGUAUAUCACGAUUUUAUAUCCAUAAUACAUGUGUUUUCACAUUGGUGAAAGUGUGCCUUAUAACAUUCUAGGGGAGGAAAUGUGGAUUCAAUUACAGGUGGCCUUUUUUUAUUGAGAUGUAAUUGACAUAUAACAUCGUAUUCACUUUAGGUGUACAACAUAAUGAUUUGAUAUGCAUAUGUAUUCUUAAUUCAUCAAAUCAGCAAUACAUGUACCUACUAAAAAAUUCAAAAGGGGGACGCCUGGGUGGCUCAGUUGGUUAAGCAUCUGCUUUCAGCUCAGGUCAUGAUCCAGGGUCCUGGGAUCGAGCCCUGCAUUGGGCUCCCUGCUCAGCAGGAAGCCUGCCUCUCCCUCUGCCUGCCACUCCCCUUGCUUGUGCUCUCUGCUCUCUGUCUCUCUCUCUCUCUCUGACAAAUAAAUAAAAUCUUUAAAAAAAAUUCAGAAGGUACCAAGAGGGUCUACACUGACAAGUCCCCCUCCUCCCUUGCCUCCAGCUACCCAUUCACCCUCCCAGAGGCCAUAGCUGUGAAAUCCUCCCAAAGUUAGGCAAGCAUAGAUGUGUUCAUUCCUUUUUCUUUUUUAAUAAGUGGGUGUGUAUUAUAUACACUGUUCUGCUCCUUGCUUCUUUAACUUAACAAUGCAUUCAUUCAUUACUUUAACAAACAUGUACUGAGCUCCUAUUAGGUGCCACUCAGUAGCCAGAAUACAAAGGGAACCAAAUAGAUCCUUGGCCUCUAGGAGCUUAAUGGGGGGAUAGAGAUGGGAAACAAAUCAGGAAAGUCAAUGUGGGGAAGGGCAGGGAGUGCUGUUUCCCAUGAGCUAGUCAGGGAAGGCCUGUCUGAAGAGGGUUGAGGCUGGUCCUGCGUGAACUUGGAGAUGGGGCCUCGUGGAUACUUGGCAGAAGGACUCCGGGCAAGGAGAGCGGCCAGGGGAAGACCCUGAGCCUGGGGCAUGCCAGGCCGGUCAUGCUCCUGGGGCAGCAGAGCUGGGGCGCCUGGAGCUUUUAGGGUGAAGAACAGUGAGAAAGGGGCAUGACUAUGCAGGAGGCCUACGGGGUAAACCCUGGUGAGGAUUGGGGCUUAUUCAGAGUGAGGCGGAAGUGCAUGGGUGGGUUUUGAGCUCCCUCAGGUCACUGUUGGGGGACACACUUGGAAAGGGAAGGGUGGGAGUGGGAUCCCAUCAGAAGGUGCUCGUAGAAGCCUGAGGGAGAAAGCACAGUGGCCUGAAUCAGGCUGGUGUCAGUGGUGCUGGGUCUCUUUGGAAGGUGGGGCCAACAGGAUUGUGUGGCUGAUGGUGAGGUUGCAAGGGGCCAGUGAACAGGAGGCUGGGCUGACCCUCAGGGCUUGGCCUGAGCAGCCAGGUGAAUGGAGGGGCUGGACUGAGAUGAGGAAGAGCAGGGGAGGGGAGAAGGGGAGCAUUUGGCUUUGCAUGUUACAUUAGAGGUGCCCCUUCAACGGGCAAGAGUUGGAUGUUGGAUACAGGAGUUGGGACUUCAGACAGAGGUCGGGGUUGGGGAACAAAUUUGAGACUCAUUAGCAUAUAGGUGUCCCUUCAAGCCCUGGGAACAGAUUAGAUUAGAGCUGAACAUUUUUCAUACCACAGUCCAUCUGCAGGAAGGGAAGGGGACACUGACACCAGGGCCUCUGCCCACUCUUGACAGGUCCCCAUCCAUUGCCCCCAAGGCCAGAGGGCUCCAUGUCCCACAGCUGUCACUCCUUUGGGGCUGAAUGCAUUGUGCGGUCACACAGUGUGGAGUCGAAGAAAGAGCAUUGGGCGGGGGAGGGUGUCAGGACCCGGAAUCCAGGGCCGGCUCAGGCCCAGUCAGCUGAGGGACGACAAGCCAAAGGCCCCUCUGCACCUGGCCAUGUCACCUGGAAGGGUUCGAAUUAGGUGGUCGCUGAGGACCCUUCCCAUGGUAACAUUAUUUGCCUGUGAGUCCAGUGGCCUGAGGAGGACAGAAGAAAUCCCUACACACCAGCCACAUGAGAAACUACAUUCCAAGGACAUUCACAGAGUGAAAGGAAGACAGUGUGGUUGACUGUGGAGUGCUUGUCUUGGGGGGAAAGAAGGACAUUUCAGACUCACAGAAAAGUUGCAAAAAUAGUUCAUCCCCCUCCCCCAUAUAUAUGUGUGUAGAUAUACAUUUUCAUAUAUUUUUAUAUAUUGUGGUUUAUAGGUUUUUUGAGCUAUUAGAGAGUAAGUUGCAAGUAUCAUGUCCUCUUACCCCUAAAUAUUUCAAUGUGUAUUUGCUAAAAACAAAGAUACUCUCUUACAUAACUGUAGCAUGAUUAUCGAGAUCAGAAAACUAAUGUCACCAACCGAGACCUUAUUCAAAUGUUGCCAACUUCCCCGUAUAGCCAAGAAAAAAGUAAAAAUCCAGAAUUACAUGUUGGGUUUAGCUUUCCUGGCCCUUUAGUCUCCUUGCAUUGAAUGGGGAGGGUCCUGCAGCCUGCCGCUCCCAGCCUUGACCCUGGUCAAGAUUACAAGCUACUAUCUUGUAAAAUGACCCUCAGUUUGCUUUGCCUGAUGUUUCCUCAGGGUUAGAUUCAGGUUUUGUAUUUGGGGUGGAAGGCUCUUGCCAGGGGGUAAGGUCUGAGUCGGAGAUAUUGGGACAAGGACAGAGGGAGGGCAGGGCAGUGCCACUCACGUGAGGAGAGGCCCUUUUGGUGGGCACCAGACAGCUCAGAAACUGGAGUGGGAACUGAAAGAGAAUGUGGUGUGGAUGCCACGCGUGUUAAAUACCUUCUGAGCUAAUGUUUGGCAAAAAAAGUAGGUUUAUUCUCCCCAAUUAUUCUGAGCCAUUAAAAAAUCACUGCUUCCAGGGCACCUGGGUGGCUCAGUCGGUCAAGCGUCUGCCUUUGGCUCAGGUCAGGAUCCCGGGGUCCUGGGAUCGAGUCCCGCAUCGCAUCGGACUCCCUACUCAGCGGGGAGCCCGCUUCUCCCUCUGCCCCUUCCCCCCACCCCCCCGCUCUUGCUCUCUCUCAAAUAAAUAAAUAAAAUCUUAAAAAAAAAAAUCAUUGCUUCCAUGUAGGGCCUGUGCAGGAUAUACACUUAACAUGCCUCCUCUCACUCAGUCCCUCAGUGACCCGAGGGCCCACAGUGUUUCUCUCGUUUUACAAAUGGGGAAACUGAGGCCUGGGGAGCGGGUGCCGUUAGGAGUGGCGUCAGGCCUCGGCCCCCCGCCCCCCGCUCAUGCUCUUUGCACUCUCUGGUGCUGUUUCAAACCUGUAAGAGGGUAUCCUCCACAAUCAGCCCUCACUUUGCUUCGCUCACAGCAAAGCUUGAAUAAAGACCCCAGCUCUAUUUUCCACUCAUGUCAGUGAUUGAUACUUGAUCAAUGUUCAGGAUUGCUGUCAUCUAGAGCGUAAUUUUUACAGAUGCAAAGACCAAUUCUGUUGUUACUGAGGCGGAAAGAUCUACCUCCUCCUAAGUUGUCAGACAAUUUUGGAGGGAACCUGUAAGCACUGGGGCGUCUCACUGGCUAAUCCUGAGACGAAGUUGUGUCACAUCUGGCCUCCGUAGCCUUUGUGCUGGGCGGGGCAGGGGGCUGAGAGCCAGAGGCCCCAGGGCAUACAGGUGGGCACUGCCUGGGCUCCUACUCGGUAUCUGUGUGACUCUCAUCCAUCUGUAGGGGGAAAAAACCUCUCGAUGAUCAAAGCUGCCUUCUCAAUGUUACCCUGAGGGGCUACGUGGAACCGUGGAGAAAUCUCCUUGUGGACUUUACAGACGCAAUCACUUCCCCACCCGACUGAAAUGCAUCAAAUGCUUCACUUCCCCACCUGACAGAAAAUCCACACUGAAAAGUGUCCCAUCUGUCAGAACUGCUGAGCCAGGCUGUUGCCCCCACCCCCCAGCUCUCAAGGACAGCGGUUGGAGGACUGGGUUCGAGACCGGCUCUGAGCAGCAGGCUACCCAGCCUCUUGGGGUUUCUGGCGGUGGGAAGGGUGUGCUGAGUACCUAGCCCCCGUUCCUGGCACAGAUAGGCCAUUAUCUUUGCUUUUUCGUCUUCUCCCUCCUUUAUUUUCUGCCCAUUCGCCUUCUCCUCCUCCAUGUUGCUCUCCUGCUCCCUCCUUUCCCCUCUCUGACUCCCUUGGUCAAAGCAAGAGUUAUUUUGUACCCAAGCCACCAACAGUGAUUGGGAGGCCCAGUCACCCAAGCCUCCGACCAGGAAAGUAAAAAGAUCGAUCAAAUCCUAGUUUGGAAAGCAUGACCUUGGCCUUAAGAGGUCUUGCUUUCUCCCAGAGAAGCAUUCACUCUAUCAUUUUAGCUGGAGGACCAGGGCUGGAAGUUGGGGUGGGCACAGUGUGUUGAGAGGGGGAAGGGCAAGCAGCUGGCCACUGGAAGAUAUCCACUAGAGGUAGCUGUGGGAUCAGCAGCCGGUGACCAGCUUUUUAAGAGGGACCUGGGUGUGUGUGUGUGUGUGUGUGUGUGUGUGUGUGUGUGUGUUAUGGAAAAUGGGGGGCCUUUUUAAAUUCAAAAUUGAAAUAGCUUUCCUGGAAGUGUGAAUAUGAAAGAAUUAAACAGAGCUUGGAUAAAUGGUUGUGAAUGUGAGAUGGGUUAAGAAUGUAAGUAUUUAGAAUAACACUUGCCCCCCCCCCCCCCCGGGGUAAGCCCUCAAGCAAGUGGUAACCAUUUUUUUUGUUAUGGUGAAGAGCCUGGACUCUCCAGCCAGAUGGUCCGCAUUCCAGCUCUAACAUUUCUAGUUGCUCAGCCUUGGGGAGAAGUUCCUUUACCUCUCUGUGUCUCAGUUUCUCUGUCUGUAAAAUGGAUAUGAUCAGAGUACCUACAUGGGAGGAUUAUUGUGAAAAUUCAUCAAAAUCAAAUGAAUUCAUAUCCAUAAGGUACUUAAAAGAGCACCGGACGUGUAUUAAGCAAACCAUACUAGAGUUAUUACCUGGGGCGCCUGGGUGGCUCAGUCGGUUAAGCAUCUGACUCUUGAUUUCAGCUCAGGUCAUGAUCUCAGGGUCAUGAGAUAAAGCCCCUCAUCAGUCUCCUCGCUGAGCAUGGAGCCUGCUUAGGAUUCUCUCUCUCCUUCUCCUUCUGCCCCGCCCCCCAGGCUUUCU